ACUUCAUCUCAUAAGACUGAUCAACCCAGUUGGACCGGUUCAACUGAAUACCUCUCAACAGUUUUGGCCUGCUCCUAUAUCUCUGAAAAGACACUAAGGUUGCAUUUCAGCAACAACAAAAAAAGUAUAACUCUCAUUAUGUAAAAUCAAUCACUGUUACAUACAGUAUAUAUAUUUUUUCAAAUGUUGACUCAAAAAAAGUUUUUGUAUUUCUAAACAUUUAUUUUCGAUUGUCUAUUUUAGGUAAACUAAUCAAAACACAAAUGCUCUCACAUGAUCAGUUCAGUACAUAAACCUACUUUAAUUAGAACAAUUCAUCUUUGUGAGUUUGUAAAGACUUGGCUUUUUGACAUACUGAGGAUUCCGUACGGAGGAUUCCGUACCGAGCUCCUUAGCAACAGGUGCCUCGGUUGCGAUGCAUGGUAUGUUUAUGGAAUUGCAUCGUCUGGAUGAACAGGUGAAAUGGCGAAAGGGGAUAAAAAGAAAAAAACAGAGAAAACGACUCCCGAACAAUCAUUAAGUACAUUUUUGUCAAAUGACUCCCACGCUGGUGUUGUAUCAGAACCACAUGUGUUAGAUGAAGAGUCGGGACAUGAUGUAAUGACUGCCUCCUUUUCUUCACAACCACCACUCGCCGACAAACAACUUGAGAGAAGUGAUGAUGCAUUUCAUGAGGUCCCUGUUCUUCCUAAUAUUAUUGUCCAGAGGUACGAGGGUGAAAAGCAUCUAGAGCAGUUCCAUGGAGAAGGUGUGGCAUAUUUUCAGGGAGGACAUGUCUACAAGGGUAUGUUUUCAGUAGGAGUCAUGCAUGGACAUGGUCUGUACACAUGGGCAGAUGGCGUGAAAUAUGAGGGUGAGUUUGCAUUCAAUGUGCCCAUGGGCCAUGGGACAUACACCUGGUUGGAUGGUAGCUGUUAUGAGGGAGAGGUGUGCAGUGGAAUCCGUCAUGGUGUGGGGACAUAUAGGUGUGCCAAUUCCUCUGUGAUAUACAGAGGGCAGUGGCAUCACAGCAAAAGGCAUGGAAAGGGUACAAUAUACUAUAACCAGGAAGCGACGUCCUGGUAUGAAGGAGAAUUGGUAAACAAUAACAGAGAGGGAUGGGGAGUCCGAUGUUACCCCUCUGGAAACCUGUAUGAGGGCCAGUGGAGGAACAACGUGAGGCAUGGAGAGGGCAGGAUGAGGUGGCUGCAGCUGGGUCAGCAGUAUAGCGGGAUAUGGGAGAAUGGGGUCCAGCAUGGACAAGGGACCCACACAUGGUUCCUGAGGAGAGUGACAGGCUCUCAGUAUCCCCUAAGGAAUGAGUACACUGGGGACUUUGUCCAGGGGCUGAGGCAUGGCCAGGGCAGCUUCUACUACGCAAGCGGGGCUCUUUACAAAGGAGAGUGGAAGGACAACAAAAAACAUGGACAGGGAAAGUUCAUUUUUAAAAAUGGACGCAUAUUUGAAGGGGAGUUUGUGGAUGACCACAUGGCAGAGUUCCCAGCGUUCUGCCUGGAUGGUUCAAACACCCCUGAUCUGAGUGGGAUUAGAACACACACUCCCCAUCCUGAGGACGGUGAAUCCCCCAGAAGAGCACCAGGAGGAGACUCGGGCAGUGGUCCAGCCCUGCUUGGGCCUGACAUGGCUCUGGACAUCACUGCUCUGCUGGAGAACCUCCCAGAGAACCAGAGAGACCUGCAGCUCAAACAGGUGGAAUUUGUGGUGCUGAGACACAUAGCGGAGCUGAGGGCCAUCUAUAGCUUCUACAGCAGUCUGGGCCAUGAUCAGUCCCCAGACAAUACCUUCUUGCUGUCCCGCCUGCAGCUUUGGAGACUCCUCAAGGACUGCAGCAUCCACCAGCAAGGCAUCACCCUGGCCCAGGUCGACCGCUACAUCUGUGCAGAGGAUGUCCCUUCCGAGGAGAUCCACUCUCCCUUCAGCACCAUGCUGCUCAGAAGGUUCCUCAGCUGUGUUGUGGUUCUGGCCUACAACACCUACCAUAAGGACAUAGAGGCCUCUGAUACCAUACUGGUUGCAUGUUUGUCCAAGCUGAUGAGGGAGAACAUCAUCCCUAAUGCCAAGAAUGUAAAAGGGCUGUUGUUCCCCAACCCCAUGCAUGCUGUGAUUGCUGUCAACUACAUUGGGAGGUGCUGGGAGAUCUACAAGGCCUUCUGCAGAGCCAACCCAACCCCCCUAGCUGACCAAACCAUGACUGUCAGGCACUUCAUAUGGAUGUUUAAGGACCUUAGCCUGUUUGAUGCUGAGCUGACCACAGGGAAACUCCUAGAGAUCCUCUCUGUAGAGAACCCAGCUGCUUGCGACCGCUACUACUGCAACCUAGACCUAGAGAUGACGUUCCUGGAGUUCUUUGAGGCGUUGCUGGGCUGUGCAGAGGUUAGCGAUCAGAGGGAUGGUCAAACAUCCUCAGACAGCCAGAUGGAAAGCUGCCCUCUGGCUGACACCAGGAGGGUUUCCCCUGGGGAGAGGGCCAGAGACAGCCCUCUACAGAGGUCCUCACAGCAGCAUUCCCCUCUGACUGGACCUACUGCAAAGUCAUCAAACCCCAACAUCUCUCCUGAUGUGGGUAGUGUCAAAUCACUGGAGAUGGGAAAAUCCAAGGAGAUUCUCCAGCUGUCUACACCUGAAGAGAUGGAGCCCAGACAGAGUCCCAACACAGCAGGCAACCUCACAUCACAGACUGGGGGUGGUGGGUCAGCAACCCACUCGUCAGACACUGAGAGGAGAGAGGGCUCAGGUGGCGCUAGAUCAGCAGUGGAGGCCAAAGUGUCAAACCACCCUCUCCAUGAUCAUCCCCCCAGCACAGAGCCUGUUGAAGACAGGAGUGGAGCAGGUAUGACUUCCUGCCCUGCUGAGACUGAACUGGACAGCUGGGUCCAGAGGACCCACCAGUUCUUUACCCAGAGGUUCUUCCCAGCAUACGAGUACAGCCUGGAGCUGAGGAGGGAGGUGCAGGAAGAGAGGCUGAGGCAGGCGGCACUAGCCCGCAUUGCUCUGGCUAAGGCCAAGGAAGACGCAAGGUUGAGGGAACAGUGGGAGGCAGAGGAGGAGGAGAGACGGAGGGAAGAAGAAGAGGAUGAGGAGGCAGAGCGAGUAGAAGGGCCAGAGGAUGAUCUUAACCCGUCUCCAGCGGCUCAGACGCCUGUGGCCUCCACCACCUCUGUGGUCAUCACCAAACAGUCGCCUGCCACCGCAGUCAAGAAGAAGAGGAAAUAGACUCUUAGACCACCAACUGUAUGGGCAGAUUAAACCUAUUCCUCAGAGCAGUCAUAACAGCCCUCUAUGAUGUCAAUAACAUGCAUUUCACACUUAGUUCCAGGAGUGGGACAAGUGUUUUGUGAUUCAGUCAUUGUUUGGUCGUUGUAGAAGAAGAGGCAAAACAUGUUUUAUCUGUUGGUAGCAAAUUUGAAGAAUCUACAUUUUAUUUACUCAAGUAUAUUCAAUAUAGCAACAAAGUUGAUUUUGUAUAGAACACCUGGGCUCCAUAUAGAAUGUGGUUAAUAGUUAACACUACCUGGUGCCUUUUUGGUAUUAAAUAAUACAAUAGUACAGAUAGCACAAAACAGUGUAAGGAAAGUUACAAAAAACUAUUCUGACAAUUAUAAGUUUAAAAUAAAACAAUGCAUAUAAAAAAAUAGAUAUUUUUGAAACUAGUGUAGCAAAAUAUACAACAGCAGUUAUGCAAAUCAGUCUCAUCAGUUGCUCGUUCUGUCAGAGGGAGGUGUGAACAACAUGAGGUCACUGGUGCACAUUGACUGUCACUCUGUCCAUCUGAUCAAGGGUGAACAGCAACGGGUCUGACUCAACUGGCUGGAGAGGAAAUGGGGACAGCAUGGGUCAGUUGAGGAAUGCAUACCUAAUUGUAAAAUAAGAAAUAAACAAAAAAAAAACGUAUUUCAGAGCACCAAAGUGAGAAAGUCAUUCAACACCAAAUGAAAUCAUACACACAUACAAUGGGUGUGCAAAACAUUAAGAACACCUUCCGAAUAUUGAGUUGUGUCAAUCCAUGUCUCAAUUGACACUAGGUUUAAAAACCCUUCUUUAACCAGUCUUCUCCCCUUCAUCUAAACUGAUUACAGUGGAUUUAACAAGUGACAUCA